AUGGUGAACGCCAGAAUGGAGCCUUCUGGAUCCUCCAGUCCUUCGGACCUAAUAGACUUUCUGACUGAUUUAGGAAUAAGAGACGUGACCUGUGAAACUGGAGACAGCUUAGGAGGGGCGGGUGACCUGCUGACACCUUCAGAAACCCCCCAGACUGAAACCAUGACUCCCCUUCCAUUCUUGGGCCUGAAAGACAUAGACCUCCUCCAGGGUAGCUUGGAGGGCCUUGGCUGGAGCAGAGGUGAAACGUCCUCUGAGAAACCUUCUCCGCCGCUGGCUCAAAGCCGUGCUGAGGAAUUCCACCCUGGAACUUGCCCUUCUUCAGAGCGCCUAGAGAUUGUGCAGCCUAGGAGGGAAGCAUCUCAGCAGCUGCCGGAAAAUCCAAAGAGCCUGAAAAACAGCAGCCAUGAUAACACCAAGGCUCUCUUCUCGGCCAGCAUUCUCCAAGCUGAGCUAUGCUUCCUGGACCUGCAAGGGGCGAUUGACCGGCAGAAGGAGCCACUGAGGAGUUCCUCCCCUAGCCUUGAGAAGGUUCUGGGGAUGCCCCCCUCGCAGGACUCGGCCACCUCCCAUGAGCCUUUGCUCCUGGAGAGCGAUAGUGGGGAGGAGCCGGAGGAGGACUCAGAGAGGCAGGAGGAGGAGGAGGAUGAAGGCUCACUGGAGGAAGAAGAGGAAGAAGAGGAGGAGGUGGAAUGCUUGUUUUACGACAACCCGCUCUUUUGCGCAAGUCCAAGAACCACCAGCUCCGAAGGACCAUCUCUCUUGGACCGUAUGGAAGAAAAGGCCUUCAAGGAAGAUGGGGAAGGAAUCCCCACCUGCGGUCUGACCUCUACGGAUUGUGCCCACGGCCUGCCGUGCCAGACAGGUGUGGCAAUGAGCCUUGUGGCCACAGACUCCGAGCCUGCGCCUGAGCCAGAUCCUGGUGGAAACCCGUCCCCAGGCCCUUACCCAAGCUACGUGCCUCAUUACCGCUCCUUGUCUCCCCUGGUGAUCACGGAAGGGGAGCUGGAAAGUGCCUGCCCGGUGGAAGAGGAGGAGAGGGAGCUGCCUCGUUGCCUUGCUCCCUUGUCGGACGCGUCAAAGGAGGUGAGUCCUGAGCAUCCAGCCCGGUGUUGCUGCUGCUUCCCUGGGCCAGGCUGCAGGGAAAGGCGGUCGUAGCCCAGAACUCAGCCUAGCCUUAGAAAGGUCAGCCAGCUGAUGUUGGAUCUCUGCAUAGCCUGCCUUGGGAACAAAGGAGACCUGCUGGCUGCAGGAAGGGUGCUUAACAAUCCCCCAUCUUCAAAGACAAAUCAGUGUAGUAUUGAGGCUGCUUCUGUAUCACAGCCUGCCUGCUCACCCUCCCUCCAGCGCGGUGGCCUUCCCUACAAGCAGACGUGCUUCAGCAUGGGCUGCAAGGCCCCCUCGGAAGCCCCCGCCAUCGUCUGCUCCCCUCCCUCCCUGGUCCAGCUGCUCACAGGCUGCCAUUCUCUCCCCCUGCAGGUGCUUAGCAAACAUUGCCCAUUGACUGGGCUGGUAGGAGGCUCCAUAGGCAGGCAGGGUCUUCCCAGGGUAGGGUGAGGGGGCCAGAGCUGCUCUCCAAGGCCUGGGCUGCCUGCCCUUCUCUGACCUCUGGCUUUGUCUUCCAGGUCCAAGGCUUCUUCCCGGACCAGCCAGACCACACACCUUCCAGCAGCGAUUUGGGCCAGAUGACUCCCUUAGGUAAGUCUUUAUAUUAUUAUUAUUAUUAUUAUUAUUAUUAUUAUUAUUAUAUUUAUUAUAUUUAUUUAUUUAUACCCUGCCCAUCUGACUGGGUCUCCCCAGCCACUCUGGGCAGCUUCCAGUUUCAAGAGCCAGUGUGGUGUAGUGGUUAAGAGUGGUGGACUCGUAAUCUGGUGAACCGGGUUCGCUUCCCCGCUCCUCCACAUGCAGCUGCUGGGUGACCUUGGGCCAGUCACACUUCUCUGAAGUCUCUCAGCCCCACUCACCUCACAGAGUGUUUGUUGUGGGGGAGGAAGGGAAAGGAGAAUGUUAGCCGCUUUGAGACUCCUUCGGGUAGUGAUAAAGCGAGAUAUCAAAUCCAAACUCCUCUUCUUCUUCCAACCAAAUAUCAAAAACAAUACAACGUCAGACAUUAAAAACUCCCUAAACAGGUGUCUUUUAAAAGUAAAAUAAUUGUUUAUUACCUUGACAUCUGCUGGGAGGGCGUUCCACAGGGCAGGUGCCACUACUGAGAAGGCCCUCUGCCUGGUUCCCUGUAACCUCACUUCUCGCAGCGAGGGAACCGCCAGAAGGCCCUCGGAGCUGGAUCUCAGUGUCCGGGCUGAACGAUGGGGGUGGAGACGCUCCUUCAGGUAUAGAGGACCGAGGCCGUGGGCUGCAGACCAUCUUUUAAGAGCAUCAGGUUACUACACUCACGAUCCCCCCUGCCAAUCUCCUCCAGUUUGCCGAGAGCACCAAAGGUUCAGCUAUUCCCAGAAAGCUGGACUUUUCCUUUGUGACUGCCACCCCACCCCCACACCUAAGAGGCCUGCUGGCUCACUUCUCAGCUGCCCUUUAUCUUCCCAAUAACCUUUGAGAUCAGGUAAUCUCAGGCUGCUUGUUGUUUAUUUAUUGUUUCUGUUGGUUUUAAUUGGUCUUGAAGAUUUUAAAGGCAGGUCAUGCUGCUAUAGACUUUCGGUGAAAAGUGGUAUAGAACAUAUGAAAAUUAUGAAAUUAUGGAACAUAAGAAAAUUAAUUAAAUGAAGUGGAGCCCUCUGGCCUGCUUGUUCAGCCCCAGUGAUUGGGUGAAGAGAGAUUCUGUGAUCCAAAAGCCUUUGGCUUAAGAGAACACGCACACACAUGCAAAUUCACUCCUGCUGGAAAAAAUGAUAAGGCUCUCUUUAGCUUCUUCACUGUGGAAAUGUCCUUGCACUCAUGUGCAGGGUCGCUCUCCUGAACCCACACUUUUCCUCCUCCCCCUCCCCUUUUACAUUUUUUUUAGAUUUUCAACAUCUUUAUUGAAAGUUCAAAAAGUACGUAAUUAUAUAAAAAAAAUCCUUCCAGUAGCACCUUAGAGACCAACUAAGUUUGUUAUUGGUAUGAGCUUUUGUGUGCAUGCACACUUCUUCAGAUACUUCUGUUUCGGUGUAUCUGAAGAAGUGUGCAUGCACACAAAAGCUCAUACCAAUAACAAACUUAGUUAGUCUUUUAAGGUGCUACUGGAAGGAAUUUUUUUAUUUUGUUUCGACUACAGGAGACCAACAUGGCUACCUACGGGUACGUAAUUAUCGUAUUUUUCGCUAUAUAAGACACACAUUUUCCCCUCCAAAAAUUAAGGGGAAAUGUGUGUGCAUCUUAUGGAGCGAAAGCAGGCUCCUUGGCUUCAGCGAUAGCAACGCGAAGCCUCCGAAGCGCAGUGGGAGCUCCCGCUGUGCUCCGGAGGCUUUGGGUUCCUUUCACUGAAGGGUAGGUGCCCCUUCAGCUAAGGCGCAGCGCCCCUUCAGCUAAGUGGGAGGAGAAAUGGAAGGGGCUCCGUUUCUCCUGCCACUUCGCUGAAGGGGCGCUGUGCAGAGAGGGGGAGAUUCUUUUUUCCUUGUUCUCCCCCUCUAAAACAAGGUGUAUCCUAUGGUUGGGUACGUCCUAUAGAGCAAAAAAUAAGGUAUAUGUGUACUAAACAUUAUGAGACCUAAAAGAUAGCAAAAGAGAAACAGAAUGUAUAUAGAAGGGGAAAUGGGGGGGGACCCCCAAACUGUAUACUUUACAAGGUUGUUAUUGUACUUCACCAGAUCUUAACCUAUUACAGUAUUUGUAAGAAUGGAUUCCAGAUAGAGUAUCAUUGAAUUUGUCCAUGGCAAGUCUGCAUUUAUAUGCAAGUUGUUCAUAUGUUGCGAGUUUGUAUAAAUCUUCAAUCCAAUUGUAGAAGGGAGCUGCAUUUUUAUUUUUCCAAUUCAUCAGUAUCAGUGUUUUUGCUGUGGUAAGGGCACGGAGAGUCCACUCGUAUUGUCCUUUUGUAAAUAUUCAAGAGGAUAUUUUGCUCUGUAAAUGCAAGGUUGUUCUGUACAGUUCUGUUGAUCGUUGGUUACCUUCUGCCAAAAUUUUUUCAAUAUAGGACAAUGAAAGAACAUAUGUUUUAGAGAAGCAUUAUCCCUAUUGCAUCUCCAACAGUUAGAUACCUUAGAUAGCCAUUUUUAAACAAACAUAAUGGGGUCCAGUAUAUUCUAAAUAUUAUUUUUUGUUGCAUGAGCCUCAAGUUAAGGUCCAGAGACACCCUUGUUAUAGCAGUUAAAACAGUUUCCCACUGUGUGGUCGAAAUUGAGAUCUCUAAGUGCACCCACACUUUUCUUGAGGCUCCAUCCCUCAUGCCGUUCAAUAUGGCAUUGGUUCCCUUUUGCCCUUGCUUUUGAGAGGCUGCUGGCCCAGCGUGCACAAGACGGCCUUCUGCGGCUUAAAAUAAACCAUGCAGGAGCACAGUUUUCAGAAUUAAAAAUCCAGCAUUUACAAGCAGUUCUCAAAAAUUAUCACCUGACCGAUCCUUGGUGUCAUCUCACCUCUAACCAGGAAUGGGGGCGGACUGGAAAAGUGUUGGGGCAUCGGAGUAAGUGAGGCUGCAGGAUGCGUCCACUGCUUCCACGGUGUGGGCAUUCAGGUCGGGGGUCUGAGCUUGUGACUCGUCCUUUCCAGGACUGAAGUUGUUAGUAGCUUAAACCUGUUAGCUCAAGCGAAGACUUCUUAAUUUUCCAGAUUUAACUUUGCUGACAGGUCUUUGUCAGCAUAGUGCUGUUUGUAGAUGUAGUCAAUGCAUCUCAGGUUCCCAUCACAAGUUCAGGCCCCCCCUCUGUUUAGCCUCUGAAUCGUUACGCCACUACAGUGGUACCUUGGUUCUCAAACUUAAUCCAUUCCGGCAGUCCGUUCCAAAACCAAAGCGUUCCAAAACCAAGGCGCCCUUCCCCAUAGAAAGUAAUGUAAAAUGGAUUAAUCCGUUCCAAACUUUUAAAAACAACCCCUAAAACAGCAAUUUAGCAUAAAUUUUACUAUCUAACGAGACCAUUGAUCCAUAAAAUGAAAGCAAUAAACAAUGUACUGCAGUCACACAAUCAAUCCAUCAGUAGCUGAACCGGGUUCCACACAGUCACCAAAAAAAGAGCCACAAAAUAAAUAGGAAAAACAUACAGACCUCAGCGUAACACUCAAAACAGAAGUGUGGCACUCAAAUUGGAAGCGUAACACUCAAAAUGGAACACAUUCGGCUUCUGAGAAAAGUUCACAAACCAGAACACUUACUUCCGAGUUUGCAGUGUUUGGGUUCCAAGUUGUUUGAGUACCAAGGCGUUUGAGAACCAAAGUACCACUGUAGUUGGACCCUCAAAUCCCACACUAAACGGGCCAAGUGCUAGGGCUCAGUGAUAUCUGGUUUUCAACUUUGCGAUAUAUCACCAGCUAUUCCUUGCGUUAUAGUAACACAGUAUCUGAAAUAAGGACGUGGCUAUAUAGAUGCAUUGGCUGGCUUCGCGGUUUUUCCAGCAUCGUGAUUUUUGCAGAGUGCGCACACACACACAUCAUGAUUUGCAAUGUAUUGCCAGGUCAAAAAUUUUGAAACCGAUAUCACAACAGGGUAUAUUGCUCAGCCCUACCAAAUACCCACCCGACCUGACCCCAGCCCUGGUCCAUGGAGGACCAGAGUGGAGCCUUGCCACGAUCUCAUUAACCUGUUGUCCCAUCCAUUCCUUCCUCCCUUCCCGCCCAGGUGUUGACUUGCCAGCCCAGGAAGGCCUGCUGUUUUCCGUCUGCAGCACCUCCCUGGUGACCGCUCUGCUGCAAGAGCCUUUGGAGAGCCACCCUGCCCCAGAACCUCCAUCUCCUGCAGAGAUCCGCUGGGCUUCUUCCAGCUUCCGGGCCCUCUCGGCUCCUGCUGCAGAGCAGAGUCGGUGGCAGGAGGAGCACAAGCCACAAGCCCCAUCCCGUGGCCACCCACUGCCUUCGUGCGCAUGGGUGGAGGAGCCCAGAAGGACUUCCUGCCUGCAGGAGGAAGUUGCUGCGGCAGAUUUGCACUUGGCCUCCCUCGGUGGUGCGGAAGGGAAGCUGGAGAGCUCAGCAGAGGGUCUUGAGAUGGUGCCCGUCGUGGAUGGAGAUGAAACCUUGGAAGAGGAGGAGGACGAGGAGGAAGAAGAAACACCGGACGUACAGUAAGUUUGUUCCCUUGGGUGUCUCUUGGGGCCUUUGGCCUCGAUUCAUCUGCUAGACGCCCACAACAUCCUCCUAGUGUGGUUAGAGGCUGGGCCUGGGUAGAUGCAACCCAGCAGCAGCCUCCAUGUUUGGGCAAGUGUCUUCCUUUGCAAAGGCAGCAACUGCCUCACUAGCAGCUUUGGGGAGCCUCAGCUGUCCUCUCUUCGCCUGCUGCUUCCUCCUUUCCGCCUUCUGCCGGGUCCUCCGCCCUUAUGAAGACUUGACAUUUUCAUUUCCCCAAAAAGUUUUUGAUUUGAGUUUCCAUUGAAACGAGGCUGUAUUUUAAUGUUUUAAUGUUGUAUUUUAAUCUAGUUUUUAAGUUGUAUUUCAAUCAAUUUGUUUUUAUAUUGGGUGUUCGCCACCCUGAGCCCGGUCUUGGCUGGGGAGGGCGGGGUAUAAAUAAAUUUAUUAUUAUUAUUAUUAUUAUUAUUAUUAUUAUGGCUUGUGGCUCUCAGGAUCUCUUUCCUUCAGGGCUGCUCCAGCUCUCUACGCAAAGGCUCUAAAGCCGUGUGGGGCAGGGAAGGGCACCGUGUUGCAACACCCAUCUGAACAGAAGCGUUGCAAGGAAAUGCGUCCCUCGGAUGCUCUGUGCAUCCUAGAGGGAGAAGGGCAGAGGGGCAGCCCACCGCUGGCCCACACACAGACCCACAGAGAUAGUGUGAUACCUCCAGGCAGUAUCCACCUCCAUUGUUCUGCCCGGACACUGAGGUCCAGCGCCGAGGGCCUUCUGGCGGUUCCCUUGCUACGAGAAGCCAAGUUACAGGGAACCAGGCGGAGGGCCUUCUCAGUAGUGGCACCUGCCCUGCGGAACGCCCUCCCACCAGAUGUCAAAGAGAAAAAUAACUACCAAACUUUUAGAAGACAUCUGAAGGCAGCCCUGUUUAGGGAAGCUUUUAAGGUUUAAUAGGUUAUUGUACUUUAAUAUUCUGUUGGAAGCCGCCCAGAGUGGUUGGGGAAACCCAGCCAGAUGGGCGGGGUAUAAAUAAUAAAUUAUUAUUAUUAUUAUUAUUAUUAGGCUGCCAACUGCAGGGGAACUCUGGGCUGUCACUGCGGCAGGGGUCCCGCCCCAGCAGCAGCCCGACUUGCAAGGGGCUGAUGCGCCAGCGGCUCUCCUUUUCAGAUGGAUUGGGGCAUCCAUUGUACUUCUUCACGCAGCGCGUAGUUAAACUGUGGAACUCACCGCCACAGGGCCACCAACUUGGAUGGCUUUAAAAGAGGGCUAGGCAAAUUUGUGGAGGAGGAGAGGGCUAUUGUUGGCUCCCCGCCAGGAUGGUUAUGGAAUCAGUCGUGCUUCUGAAUAUUAGUUGCUGGAAACCACAGGAGGGGAGAGUUGCUCUUGCAGGUUUCGCAUAACGGGCAUUUGAUCGGCCGCUGUGAGAAGAGGAUGCUGGACUAGUGUUGACCCGAUCCACAGGCUCUUAUUAUGUUGCCUUUUACCAAGUCCAUCUUAUAAUAGUAAUAAUAAUAAUAAUAACAACAACAACAAUAAUAAUAAUAUUUUAUUUAUAUCCUGCCCUCCCCAGCCGAAGCCGGGCUCAGGGCGGCUAACAACAAUAAAAUAAUACAACAUUCUAAAAUCAUUUAAUUAUAAAAUUAAUUCAAAUCAAAUUGAUGGCAACCAUUGGGCUAGAGUUCUGUGAAGAUUGCCAAAGAAGGGAGUCAGGCUGUGCCUGUGGUGGAACAGCUCUGUCUUGCAGGCCCUGCAGAAAGAUGUCAAGUCCCGCAGGGCCCUAGUCUCUUGUGACAGAGCGUUCCACCACGUCGGGGCCAGUACUGAAAAGGCCCUGGCUCUGGUUGAGGCCAGCCUAACCUCCCUGUGGCCCGGGACCGCCAAGAUGUUUUUGUUUGAAGAUCGUAAGUUCCUCCGUGGGACAUACCAAAAGAGGUGGUUCCGUAGGUACGAGGGUCCGAGGCCAUAUAGAGCUUUAAAGGUUUAAAUCUUGUUCAGUAUUGCUUACUUUGACUAUCAGUAUCUGUCCAGGGGUCUUUCAGGGUCUCUUUUAUGCCUCCCUGGCUCCACCUCCCUUUAGUUCCAGGGACCUCGUUCCCUCAAGACUUCCUGUCAGUUCAGACCAGACCACUUUCAAGGGAGGGGGCACCUGUUUUCCAGCAUGGCUUUGGAUUUCUGGCAGUCUCUUUUUAUUAUCAUUAAUUUUUAUUGAAUUUUCCAUUUUGUAAUAUUUAGACACAUCAUCUUUAUCCAGUUUACUUCUUUAGCUCUUAAGAGCCUGCGACUUCCCUCCCUCCCUCCCGCCUCACGGUUUCCAAAGUUCACCUUUAUCUCAAAGCAUUUAUACACUUUCCAAUUUCCUUCAAAAUACCACAUUUUUAAAAUAAAUCUCAACAGGGAAAGAACAAUGAUCAUUACCAGUCUUUUUACAACCCUGCUAAUGUUGUUAAUUGCUUACAAUGGUCCUUCAAAUAUUGUAUAAAUUUACUCCCAAUCUUUUCGGAAUGCUUGAUCACACUGGUUUCGGAUUUUUUCCCGUCAGCUUCGCUGAUUCCGCAAAGUCCAUCAUCUUCAUCUGCCACUCUUCUUUCAUUGGGACUUCUUGUUGCUUCCAUUUUUGAGCUAAAAGAAUUCUUGCUGCAGCUAUUGCAUACAUAAACAGUUUUUUUUUUAUCUUCCUUUGGUAUUUCUUCCCCUACUUUACCCAGUAAAAACGCUUCUGGUUUUUUAACCAAAGUAUUUUUAUACAUUUUCUUUAAUGUAUAAAAUGUAUUUCUCCCCUAAAUUGAUUUUUGAAUUCUGAAUUUAUUGUUAUUCAAUUUUUAUACUGUUUUUUGUGUGUGUUUUUUUGCAUCAAUUAAGUGUAUUAAAUUUGUUGUAAGCUACGCUGAGCCCGGUUUUCUGAACCGGGAAGGGCGGCAUAUAAAUAAACAUUUAUUUAUUUAUUAUUACAUAUCAUUUCCUAGUAAGCUUUUACCUCCUUACAAGUCCACCACAUGUGAUAGAAACUACUCCUAUACAGUGCAUUAAUGCAGUGCAUUAAAAGAAAACGUUACGAAAAUGAUGUAUAGAUGGAUUGCUGACAGUCGCAGCCUGAAAGCCCCAGUGGCAUCACCCCGGGCUGGACCAUGCGAAUUGGCCACUACUCAGAGAUGAGGGCAGCAGCUUCAGUGUUUUUCCAUGGGAUGCAGCUGCUACCCCUCCCCACCGAAAGCUCCCCGCUUUGCAACUGGCCUCUCGCUUUCCUUUCUUUUCCCCCCUCUUUUAUAUUUUUAUUUCAAAACCAAUUUUUUUUUAAAAAACAUCAAAUUCAAAAUCCAUAUUCAUUUUCUAAUAUAAGCCUAUUACAUAGAUUACCUAAAUUAAAAUACAUCUAAUUGCUCUAGGCUUCCCUUUGCUAUAUGUAAAUACAACGCAAUUAACAAAUUAUAUUAUAAAUGAUAUUGUUGUUGUUGUUGUUUAGUCGUUUAGUUGUGUCUGACUCUUCGUGACCCCAUGGACCAGAGCACGCCAGGCACUCCUGUCUUCCACUGCCUCCUGCAGUUUGGUCAAACUCAUGUUGGUAGCUUCAAGAACACUAUCCAACCAUCUCGUCCUCUGCCGUCCCCUUCUCCUUGGGCCCUCCAUCUUUCCCAACAUCAGGGCCUUUUCCAGGGAGUCUUCUCUUCUCAUGAGGUGGCCAAAGUACUGGAGCCUCAGCUUCAGGAUCUGUCCUUCCAGUGAGCACUCAGGGCUGAUUUCCUUCAGAAUGGAGAGGUUUGAUCUUCUUGCAGUCCAUGGGACUCUCAAGAGUCUCCUCCAGCACCAGAAUUCUAAAGCAUCAAUUCUUUGGUGAUCAGCCUUCUUGAUGGUCCAGCUCUCACUUCCAUACAUCACUACUGGGAAAACCAUAGCUUUAACUAUACGGACCUUUGUUGGCAAGGUGAUGUCUCUGCUUUUUAAGAUGCUGUCUAGGUUGGUCAUUGCUCUUCUCCCAAGAAGCAGGCGUCUUUUAAUUUCGUGACUGCUGCCAGGUUCCCAUAUACUCCCCACUCCCCUUCACCCAUGUGUGAUCUCAAUAUUUCACUUCUUCCAUCUUGUUGUGUUAUUAUAAUCGCUUUCCUUUCUUGCAGCCGCCCUGAAGAGCCAGCCUCUGGGAAGGGCACCGAUUCAGGGGAGAAGACGCCACCCGCCAAGGAGCAGGCAGAGCCCAACGGCAUCCUCCACGCCAACGGCAGCGCCCCCCCUGCGGACCAGGCUGCCGCGACGAGGCUGGCAACACGGCUCUACCACUUGGAUGGCUUCAAAAGGUCGCAGGUGGCCUCUUUUCUCCGGAAGAAGUAAGGGGGUCUUGGAUCAGGAACAAAGGCAGAGGCUUCUCUUCUGGCUGGAGUGGUGUGACUCAGAUUGCCUUCCUGCCCAGCUGGCUUAUUUCAGCUCAGUUCCCUUUUUCUUUUGUGAGGUGUUCACAGAGGAAAGGAAGGAUUGAACUCUGAUUAAUAAAAAUACACCCAGAGGCUUGAACCAGCAAGACUCUGGGAAGGGUGCGUAUAAUAAUCUCUGUCCCUCCACCCCUCGGCCCAGGUCGUUUUAUUCACAAAAGAACUUUUACAGAGUGUUCGUAAGAACCAAUCAGAUUUCUUCUGAGCAUUUCAACAAACGCCACCUGGGGACAAAGUUAAACUACAAACACUAGUUAGGCAGGCAUACUUUUGGGUAAAUGAACGAAAACUACAAAGGAGCGCAUUCAGCAACCCCGGAAGUCAUAAACAAUCAGUACAUAUGAUAAGAAGGAUGGCCAGGAGGACAGCGAUCAUGAUCACCUUUAUGUGAAACCUGUUUCCUGGCCCUAAGAUUAACAUCCUAAGAUUAACAUAUCAGAAAAGCUACAUCAAAGAAACUGCCCACUGUCUUUGAUGACCCAGGACUCCUGUCUAAGUGGGUACCUGACUUGUGAAGAAAGAGAAAUGGAACAGGGAUGCAGAGGUGUGGAUUGAUCAAGAAUCAUAUCAAAAUAGUUUAAACCCAGUCAACGCAAUGCUUUCAUUGCUGACACAGAUGGCUUACCCUAUAUUUGUUAUAAUUCCUCAUAGCAAUCCCACUUGAUCACUACACUUUUGCUCUCCCAGCUAGACACGGCUGCGGCCUCUUGAGGCACGUGGUUAAACUGUGGAACUCACUCCCACAGGAGGCAGGCUUGGGCCAGCAACUUGGAUGGCGUUGAACGAGCACCGGGCGGAUUCACGGAGGAGGAGAGGGAUAUUGAGGGCUGCUAGCUAGGCUUUGCCACCACAUUUGGAGGCAAAAAUGCUUCUGAAUGCCUCCUACUGGGAACCACAGGAGGGGAGAGUUGCUCUUGUGCUUGAAUCCUGAUUGUGAGCUUCUCACGGGCAUCUGGUUGGCCACAGUGCGAACAGGAUGCUGGACCUGAUCCUCCUUGGCCUGAUCCAGCAAUAUGUUCUUAUGCUCUUGCAGUGAGCCAGAGGGCAGGAACUUUAAACAAGCCAGGCCUUCCUGAUGGCACCCUCUCUGGGCUGAAAAGUCACCCUGACACUGGAGUGGAUUUGCAUGGGCAAAUUAUGGCCAGCUGCUCCCUGGUGCCUGGAGUAGCAGAAGGGCAGAUACAGUGGUACCUUGGGUUACAGACGUUUCAGGUUACAGACACUUCAGGUUACAGACUCUGCUAACCCAGAAAUACAGUGGUACCUCUGGUUACGUACUUAAUUCGUUCCGGAGGUCCGUUCUUAACCUGAAACUGUUCUUAAUCUGAAGCACCACUUUAGCUAAUGGGGCCUUCUACUGCUGCCGCGCCGCCGCUGCGCGAUUUCUGUUCUCAUCCUGAAGCAAAGUUCUUAACCCGAGGUACUAUUUCUGGGUUAGCGGAGCCUGUAACCUGAAGUGUAUGUAACCUGAAACAUAUGUAACCCAAGGUACCACUGUAGUACCUCGGGUUAAGAACUUUGCUUCAGGAUGAGAACAGAAAUUGCGCGGUGGUGGCAGCAGGAGGCCCCAUUAGCUAAAGUGGUAGCUCAGGUUAAGAACAGUUUCAGGUUAUGAACGGACCUCCAGAAGAAUUAAGUUCUUAACCCGAGGUACCACUGUACCUGCUACCUGUUGUAACCCCUUCUUGGCCAACUGUUCCUGGAGGUGCAGAAAAGGGGCUGCCCCCUUUUUGCACCUGGUCAACCUUGUGGGAGGAAUACGAGGGCUGGGCUGAGGAGCCCAUGGGCAGAAUUGGGAGUCCCUCUACAGGCUGGGGGGGGCAGCAGGUGAUGCUGGAGAAACCAGGGUGGUGGUGGUGGUGUGUGAGUUCCCCAUAAGGCUGCUCCCCGAUUCCUUUGGGGGGGGGUCCUGAGCUUCUCCUAUGUCUUUGUCCACAGCAACGAUUUCAGCCGGCUGGUGAGAGAAGCUUACCUCUCUUUCUUCCAAUUCAGCGGACAGACUCUGGACCAAGCCCUGAGGUGAUGCUCCUUCCUGUGGGGUCGUGUGUGUUUUUCCACCUUGCUCUUGAAUGGGAAGGCGGGUGGCCAUGUCCCCCACCCUGGGAAGUACGCUAAACCAGAGGAGGAGGAGGUCUUGGCCUCCCAGGGAACAGCCCAGCGGGAGAGGCAGGGGGCUGCCCUAGGUUUCUACACACUUUGGAUCAGCCUCAAAAGGGCCCCACAGCAGGUUACAACCAGAAAUUUACAUUGUAUUGUAUUAGUGGGGGAAAAGAGAGAGCAGUAAUUUUUUUGAAGGGAUCACUUAAUAUAGCAUCCAAGUGAAGCAGAGAGGAAGCUUUGUGGGAGGGGGGUGGAAUUCCUGUUUUGGCUAUUCUAGGAGGGCAGAAAGGGACGCGGGUGGCGCUGUGGGUUAAACCACAGAGCCUAGGACUUGCCGAUCAGAAGGUUGGCGGUUCGAAUCCCCACGACCGGGUGAGCUCCCAUUGCUCGGUCCCUGCUCCUGCCAACCUAGCAGUUCGAAAGCACGUCAAAGUGCAAGUAGAUAAAUAGGUACCACUCCAGCGGGAAGGUAAACGGUGUUUCCGUGCGCUGCUCUGGUUUGCCAGAAGCGGCUUAGUCAUGCUGGCCACAUGACCUGGAAGCUGUACGCCGGCUCCCUCGGCCAAUAAAGCGAGAUGAGCGCCACAACCCCAGAGUCGUCUGCGACUGGACUUUUACCUUUACCUUUAGGAGGGCAGUAACAGGCCUUGCCCAGCAGGGGUCCUUGAUAAUUUGAGGGAGGGGAGGGGAGAGAGAGCAGGAUUCUGGCUGAAGGUCCUGCUGACAUGGACAAGGAAUUGGGCAGGUGUGGCGUAAUCCUAUCUCCCCUACUGUCCCUGGACCAUUGCCGCCUGUGUGUGCUGAGCUCCACCCUUGGGAAGGAUGCAGAAGGUGUUGGGAUGUCCCAACUUCCUUCCAGGUUCGUGGAGUGAUGUAGUUGGCACUGGGAGCCGGCAGAGGAGUGCAGUUGCCUCAGGGCUGCCUCUCCUCACGCGCUUCUCUCCCUCCUCUUUGCAGGUCCUUCCUGAAGGCGUUUGUGCUCACUGGGGAGACCCAGGAGCGGGAGCGGAUCCUGCGGCAUUUCUCUGAACGCUAUCACAGCUGCAAUCCCGAGGUCUGCUUCAGCCCAGGUAAGGCAGCCAGCAAGGCCGGCUCUUCACCUGCAGCCCCAGACAGGGCUUAAAUGAAGGAGGGAGCCCUUGUCCCUCGUCUCAUGCAGUUUGGGCGUCAGUGUGCAAACAGUCCCAGGUGGCCCAUGUGUAUCCUGAACUGCGUGGGAUCCUUUCUACUUGUAAGGUUUUGUGGCUUUAAAAUAAAUUUUAUUCACCUUUAGCUUUAAUGAUUACCGUAUUUUUCGCUCUAUAAGACACACUUUUUCCCUCCUAAAAAGUAAGGGGAAAUGUGUGUGCGUCUUAUGGAGCGAAUGCAGUGACGGGCUGCCCUUCUCCCUCCUCGGGGAAAAGCCUGCAAGUGCUCCACGCGGCUCGUGAAAGGGAGCUCUGAGCAGAGCCUGGGAUGCAUACAGGCUAUGCUCAGCGCUCCCUUUAAAGAAUACUUUUUUUCUUGCAUUCCCCCUCUAAAAACUAGGUGCGUCUUAUGGAGCGAAAAAUACGGUAUUGUCACAAAUAAGUCAUUACAGGAUUCUCUGAAUUCCUGAACUUUCCUCCGCCCCUAUGUGGUUUCCAUAGUUAUUAUUUUCCAACUGCAUCAUAUAAUGUUCUCCAUAUUUUCUUAACGCUCAAUUCUCACCAUAGUUCUCAUUACAUUGCAGGUGUUUUUUUUUAGAAUCCUGCCGAUGUUUUUAAUUGUUUACAGUGUUCUUUUAAGUAACUUAUAAAUUUCCCCCAUUCUUUAUUGAAUUUAUUAUCCUCUUGAUCUCUGAUCUUCCCUUUCGUUUUUGCCAUUUUGCAUAGUCCAUCAUCUUUGUCAGCCAUUCUUCUUUUUGUAGGUACUUUAUAUUCCUUCCAUCUUUGGGCUAAUAACAUUCGCGCAGCUGUCGUAGCAUACAUAAACAGUCUUUUCUGCUCCUUUAGUAUUUCUGGACCUAGAAUUCCUAAUAAAAAAGCUUCUGUUUUUUUCACAAAAAAUUAUUAUUAUUUUAAAUCAACUCAUUAUAAAUCAUUUCCCAAUAUGCUUUUGUCAUCUUGCACAUCCACCAAAUAUGGUAGAAUGCGCUGGAAGGUUUUGUGGCUUUUGCUUGCGGCGUCACUGCCAACAAGCCUGCACACUUUGGGGUUGGAGGCACCGUGAUAUCUCUGGAGGGUGUGAGCUGUCCUCUUCCACAGCUUCUGUAGCAAGGUGCACAUCUGGGCAGGUGUGUGUGUGUGAGAGAGAGAGAGAGAGAACAGCUAUUUCUUCCUGCCCCCCCCCCCGCUCCUGCCCCUUGUCAAAACAUCAUCAUCAUUUUACUUGUAUACCGCCUUUCCAUAGUUAACAGUGCUCAAGGCGGCUUACCACAUGACAAGAUUUAUAUAAUUACCAACAUAACAAAAGUCAUAACCAAUAAAUAAAACACAUCAAAAAGUACACAACCAAAUGGAAAACGAUUUCCACAUAAAUCAUAAAAUCUAAAACUGAGUGUGGCGAUCACACAGGGUCCCCGGACGUUUAACAGUCUAUUGAUCCCUGUGCCACCACUGUGCUCGCUUCCCCGCUGCCGCCAACCCGUUACUCUCGGGUAAAACACUGAGUCCAGACAGUUGUUAAAAUUGUACCAAAUAAACAAGUUUCUUUUAUAAUCAUUAACAAGUUUAUGGUUUCUCAGAUAAUAUUCCUGUCAGUAGCUUAACUUUAGUUUCUUUACCGGCCUAUACCUUCCUAAUACCUUCUGACUCUCAACUGUUUGACUGACUCCUCUUAACAAAUUCUCUCCAUCUCUCACAUCAGACUAGCCCAACCCACAGACUUAUCCUCUCUGUCUCUUCUAACUCCAGACUGACUUCUCAGCCACCCUAACUCUAACGCUAACUCCUCCCCUUGGGUUCCCAUUGGUUAGUCAUUUUACAAUUAGUUAACCCUUUCGUUAUGAACCCAGUAUGAUGUCACACACCUAGGAGGGAAAACGCCACACUAAGAAUAUAGCAUCAAUAUCAGUUACAAUUUAAAAUGACAUAGAUAAAAAACAAAAACAAUUUAAAAAACAAAAACGGAGCCCUCUCUGCCCAGAUGGAAGGAGGCCAGGCAAGGCCGUUCUGUCCCUCAGCAGCAGGUGAGUCCCUCUCUGGGCAGCAGCAAACAGCCACAGUCCUUAAAGAGCCCUCCAGGCACACAGAAGGAUUACAUCAUGGUCCAUUUUCAGUUACGGCUGGCAUUAGAAGGAGCAGGUCUCUUGCGAUGUACCGUAUUUUUUGCACCAUAGGAUGCACCGGACAAUAGGACGCACCUUGUUUUAGAGGGGGGAGAACAAGAGGAAAAAAAAUUUUCCCCUCUCUGCCCAGCACCCCUUCAGCGAAGGGGCAGGAGGCUCUGCGCAGAGAGGGGGAGAAUUUCCCCCUCUUGUUUUCCCCCUCUAAAACAAGGUGCCGUUUAAGGUGCGUUCAGGCGGCUACCUUGGAAGCCUGGAGAACGAGAGGAGUCGGUGCGCACCGCCCCUCUCGCUCUCCAGGCUUCAGGUUCCUUUCGACCUGCUCUUUGGGGCUGGCGGGGGGAAGCCCACCACCAGCCUCAAAGAGCAGGUCGGGGAGCAGCGCAAAGGCGCGCAGCAGAGAGGCUGCUGCCAUAGCCACGCGUCACCUCUCCAGCCGGGAGAGGGUCGCGGGGCUAUGCUGUCUUCGCUCCAUAGGACGCACACACAUUUCCCCUUCAUUUUUGAAGGGGAAAAAGUGCGUCCUAUGGUGCGAAAAAUACGGUAUGUCUUGCCCAGCAAAAAUGAGCUUUGCAGGAAAAAAGAAAGAGAGUUUGGAUUUGAUACCCCACUUUAUUGCUACCCUAAGGAGUCUCAAAUCAGCUAACAAUCUCCUUACCCUUCCUCCCCCACAACAAACACUCUGUGGGGUGAGUGAGGCUGAGAGACUUCAGAGAAGUGUGACUGGCCCAAGGUCACCCAGCAGCUGCAUGUGGAGGAGCGGGGAAUCGAACCCGGUUCACCAGAUUACGAGUCCACCGCUCUUAACCACUACACCACACUGGCUCUCUAAGCCAAGCAAAGGCCAGAAGGCUUCUUCUCCUUCCUGCAUAGCUAAGAGACCUGCCCUUCAUCCCACUCUGCAGCUCACAGGUCCUCCCCAAACUGCACUGCACCUCUCAGGACAUCGCUUCCUGCCCUCCCAAUUAACCCGAGUUCGAAAGUUCUGGGUUGGCCAGAAGGACAAGGUGGGUGGGGUGGGGUCAGGGGCUGUGCCCCCUCUUGCCUUCCCGGGCAGUUGGGCCUGCCCAGUUUGCAUGUCUUUAGGGGGUCUCAGAACCUGGGUCUGCUGGCUGCAGACUUUAAUAGGGGAUGGGAAAUGCCCGGGCCCGAAAGAGGUUCUGCUACGCCUCCAAUCCGGCCUGGGACAUUGUACUCCUGUUAAGGGCAGGAACUGCAGGCAGGAAGAUUUGUUUUCAUUUCUUGGGUUCCAGCCCAAGGCUCCUUGCUGGUCCUCAGCCCCUUUUCUGAGUAAGGGGGAUUGCUGGCGUUCUGGGAGCAGGGGGCCUGGGUCCUUUGAGCCUGUGGGCCUCCCCUGACCUUCCCCUUGGUCUUCUCCCUCCCUCUGCAGAUGCUGUUCACACCCUCACCUGUGCCAUCAUGCUCCUCAACACUGACCUGCACGGGCAGGUAAGUCCAUGGGGGAUGGGGGGGUGGCUUUUGUAUGCAGGGGGCCUAAUGGAAAGAGGGCUCGCCUCCCACCUUGGGUCUAACUGUGCGUGUAGGGAAGGGAAACGGGAGGGCGGCUUUGGGGGGAGCACAAUCUGGACGUUGCGUUACCUUUGGCCUGAUGUGCACCUUUCCUCCCUUCCCUGCUUGUGGCACGCAGCAUAGCGGGCGGAGCAUGACCUGCCAAGCUUUCCUCACCAAUCUCGACGGGCUGAACGAUGGUGGCAAGAACUUCCCAAAAGAACAGCUGAAGGUAAAAAGGAGAGGGAGCUCUUUCCCCUUGCCCUUGGGGGGGGGAGAGAGACCGGGGGCUUAGCUUGGUUGGGCAGUGUCAGGGAACUGCCAUCAGCUCAGAGGCAAGAGAUGGAAGGGCAGUUGUGUUAUAGGGAGCCUCCGGAAAUCUUGCGAAGCAGUUCCUCCUCCAGCCAGGAGGGAAGCCCCACCUCCAGGGACCAGGGAAUGCCUCAACCCCGAGCUUGAGCAAACCGAAGAGGUGGGAAGCGCAUCCUUGCCAGAGCCCAUUCUGCGCAGUAGUCUUUGGCGCAGGGAGGGGCAGAAAAGGCUGGGGGUGACGCAACUUUUAUGCUGGGGGAGGUACAAAAACCGACCACUCCCGGAUUCUGCUAGCGAUUGAGCCAGACAUGAACUUACAACGCUCUUCACUGUGAAUAGUUUGCACCAAGAACAAAGCCUAUAAAAGACAGGUCGGAGCCCCGCCUGGUUACUCUUGAGCAACCGCCACACCCUGUGACAGGCAGCCUUCCUUAGGCCUUCUUUGUAUGGAGGUGGGCAGCCUUCUGCCACUUUAGGUGCCAGCCAGGGGGACGACGGGCAGCCGUCCGCUUGGAAAUCCCCCCCGUACAAAAAAAUUAUCUCUGUGUUGGGAACUUGGGACGCAGAAGGGGAGAGGCUCCGGGGUUCACAUUCUCCUGGACGACGGGCCAGACCUUUUUAAGACGUGAAAAUGUCUUUUAAAGCAUUCUGUCUCGUCCAGCCAAAAGCUUGACUCUGAGCACCUCUGGCACCUUGCUUUGUUUGAGCUUCUGUCCCCAAGGGAUCAGGUGCUCAUUUUCGGAGGAGAAGGGGAAAUCCUGACAGACUUGUUCUGCCAGAGGAGGCGCCUGAGGCCCAGGCCCCUUCCAGCUGGCUUCUCCUUUGCCUCCUCGGGGGUGCGGCGGGUCCUGGGGGGACAUGCGGCAGGGUGGGGCCUAGAUGUGAAGAGGGAAUCAUAGACUGAUGGUUCUCUUUUACUCUCUCUCUCUCUCUCUCUCUAGGAGCUAUAUCAUUCCAUCCGCCAAGAAAAACUGGAAUGGGCUGCGUAAGUAAAGAUGGUGGCAACGACGUUGGGGGGUGGGUGGGUGUCAGAACUUCUGAGUGGGCAGAAGAGAGACCCAUGGCUGCUCCUGCAUGGAGCCCUCCAGCCCCAAAUCCCUGGGAGCACAGAGAGAGAGAGAGAAUUGAGGGGCCACAAACUCACUGGGAAAUAAUCUUCAGCCAGUCUGCUCCUAAAGGGGGCUCACAGCCAGGACUUCAGGUGAUGGACGGAGGCUGAGGCUGGGGGCAGCUGCCCUGGUCUGCCUUUGAGGUCUCUCCCACCACGGGGACCAUAGAAUUGUGGGAAUGUUGUGGAUAGAAGGAGAGGAUAUAUUGGUUAAAUAUUAUCCUUCCUCACUCACGCUAGUGAGUCAGUAGCAGAGUACAUUCCCCAGUAUAUCACGGGAAGCUAGUUGGUAUAUUCCUUUGAAUCUCUUGAGUUAAGCAGUCCUGUCUGGCUUGUCCAGAUUGGGUUUGAUCCUGGUGAAUUCCCCUUUUAUCCCUCUUAAAAAGAAUAAAGACACAACAGUCUUCUUUUAAAAGUAAUGAUAAGAAGUUUACUUACAUUCAAUUCACAGUAGGUUCCCUACUGGGACGCGGGUGGCGCUGUGGCCUUGUCAGUUUGCAUUUCUUAGUACAGAAAGUAUUGAUCUGAUGUGUAGAGAUCUUUCCUGUUCUACUUAAAUCAUUAGGGUUCUGGAAGGUUUCUUUCUAUGUGAAAGGAACAGGAAGAAGGUUCUUGUUUGGGUUAUUCCUUCUGAGAAGCUGAGAACAGCUGGUUUAAACUGGUUCUGUUACCUUUCUGUCAAGAUCAUGCUGACUAUAAUUGUAAGGCCAGAAGGAGCCGGAGCUCACUUUCUCUUUCUAUCUCUUUGUUCUGGUGUGGUGUUCUGUUCUGUAUGCUAUAGUGUUAAGGUUUAGUCUUAUAAGUUACUGUAAGUUUGAGUUAAGUCUGCUGCAACUGGAUUUUUUACGGACUGUGCCAAUCCUGAAUGUAUUGGAUUUGUGACCAUCAUGUUAAUUUGCCUUCAGUAGCAGUAAAGCUCUGCUGGAUGAGAUACAAUUGCCUCUGGUCUGUUUUUGGGAACUCCGCAAUGUGUUUAAGUCGUCCUCCUCCAAUGAUGACAGAUGCCUUUCCCCUCUGCUCCCCUAAGCGACAUCAGUGUUGACAUCAGAUUCAGCUUCCAGUUGGAUCAGCUUCUGUUUGUGGGAGGGGAGGGCAGCCCAAUGCCUUGGGGGGGGUCACCCUUAGCAGUCAUGUCAGCUUUCAGAAAAGGAGUUUUUUUCUGCAGUGGCUGAAUCUGGAGCUGUUGCUCACCCUGUCCUCUGUCCCCGCGAAAGGCCUUUUCAGACAGACCCUCACAAAGCCUCUUUCUCCUUUUUCUGCUGCAGGGAUGAUGAUGAUGAUGAUGAGAAGUCGCUCAGCGGCGCACUGCUCUCGCCCUCAGCAUCCAGCCAGAAGAAAGCCAACCCUUUCCUGACUCUGUCGCACGACCCCGAGGCGAAAACCUACCGGCAGGGCCUCCUGGCGCGCAAGGUCCACGCGGAGGCCGAUGGCAAGAAGAGUGAGUGCUGGGCCAGGGGGCACGGCAAGCAGCAGCCCACAGGGACCUGGGCCUGCGAGAGACAUCAGCCGUCUCACAUGCAUGCCAGGCCUGUGGGCAAGCUGGGUGGGAGUGGGCAGUGGUUGGGGCACUCCUGUGCCACAGGGGUCCUAAGCAACCUCACAGGGGUCCUAAGCAGCCACAGGGGUCCUCCAGCCCCUCCUGGGCAGCCCUAGACACCAAGGUGCAGGUGGCAGACCCAACUUGACCGCUCCCCAUCUCACUCUUUUGCAGCGCCCUGGGGCAAGAGAGGCUGGAAGAUGUUUCAUACGGUGCUGAAAGGGAUGGUUCUCUACUUUUCCAAGGUAACCAGGAGCAGGUCAGACCACUGCGGAAACCAAAGGACUUGCGCUCCUAGGCCACCCUCCCCGCGGGAGACCAGGGCUGUGCUGCGCCCCAGCAGAGCAAUUCUGCGCUGCCUCCCCAGAUGGCUGUGCAGUGCUUGGCCCUUCUCUCUCUUCUGGCAUCUUUACUUCCCACCCACCCUUUCUGCUGACCCCUGGGGUCUCGCAGUUGCAGGUAGAAAGCUUUGCUUUGCUCGCAGCUUUGCAUGCAGAAAGUCCCAGGUUCAGUUCUGUACGGCUGAGCUGGGAAUGCCCUCCACCUCCACCUCCACCAUGAGAGCCAGUGUGGUGUAGUGGUUAAGAGUGGUAGUCUUGUAAUCUGGGGAACCGGGUUCGCUUCCCUGCUCCUCCACAUGCAGCUGCUGGGUGACCUUGGGCCAGUCACGCUUCUCUGAAGUCUCUCAGCCCCACUCACCUCACAGGGUGUUUGUUGUGGGGAAGGAAGGGAAAGGAGAAUGUUAGCCGCUUUGAGACUCCUUAAAGGGAGUGAAAGGCGGGAUAUCAAAUCCAAACUCUUCUUCUUCUUCACCUGAGACCCUGGAGAGCCUCUGCUCAUCUGGGUUAGGGCGUCCUGAGCUAGAGGGACCAUUGUGUGGUGUGUCUCUUUAACCAGGGGCUUCUUCCCAGGCUGGCUGAGUGGGACCCUCUGCCCUGGCUGCCGGCUCAGUUGCACCCAGGACCCCUCCCCCCGGCUCCGUUCAUGUUAUCCUGGGUCUGCCCCCCUGCCCGCCUUGCCCGACUGGCCUCGGGCGCCUCUCAGCUCAUCUACCUGGGGUUAGUGCUGCAGGCAAAAUCUCUGCUCUGCCCCCGCACCCCCAAUUCAGCUUGCUCCUGCUGUUCUCGCAGGAUGAGAGCCGGCCAGACGCCUCUGCCUCAGAGGAGCCCAUCGGGGUUCACCACGCCCUGGCCGAGAAGGCCAGCAAGUACACCAAGCGGCCCCACGUCUUCCGGCUGCAGACGGCCGACUGGCGCAUCUUCCUCUUCCAAGCCCCGUGAGUAUUUGCAGACCUCUCUUGCAGCUACCUCCUCAGCUCAGGAUUUCCUUUUGGCUCCCUCCUGUCAUGGAUGGGUCCAAGGGAGGCAGGCCUCCCCAAACCACUGCCGCUUCCUCCUCACCUGAGCGAUUCGUAAGCUUCACAGAUCCAAAAAGAAAAGCAACAAAGGAUGGCUUUGGGCAGGAAGCAGCAAAUCGCAUUCGGAAAGACUUCGGUUCUUGUGGUAUUAGUGACACAGCAGCAACAUUCUUCAUCAGCAAGCAUAGAGCAAACAGUUUUAGUUUUUUAAGUGUGUAUUCAGAACGGAGAAACAGGCUUUGGUCUCUGGCGUGCCUCAAAAUCUGUCCCUGUCACUUAACUAUAGUCUUCGUCGGCAGUCCUGGGGAGUCAAGGUUACUGCUGUUCCCGUUUAACUGGGUGAAGAGGCCCAACAGUAAACAAAUUCUUGCAGAAGGAGGAGAGGUAUGGGACCCAAUCCUGCUAGGCUGAAGCCCAGCUCUGCCUGCUGGAUGUGAUGGCUCUUGGGAUACGGCUGUAUACAGUGGUACCUCCGGUUACAUACACCUUGGGUUAUAAACACUUCGGGUUACAGACUCCGCUAACCCAGAAGUAGUACCUCGGAUUAAGAAGUUUGUCCCAGGAAAAGAACAGAAAUCGCGCACGCCGGUGGCGCGGUGGCAGCAGGAGGCCCCAUUAGCUAAAGUGAUACCUCAGGUUAAGAACAGUUACAGGUUAAGAACGGACCUCUGGAACGAAUUAAGUUCGUAACCAGAGGUACCACUGUAUAAAGGUAAAGGGACCCCUGACCGUUAAGUCCAAUUGCGGACAACUCUGGGGUUGUGGCGCUCAUCUCGCUUUAUUGGCUGAGGGAGCCGGCGUACAGCUUCUGGGUCAUGUGGCCAGCAUGACUAAGCCACUUCUGGCAAAACAGAGCAGCGCACAGAAACACUGUUUACCUUCCCACUGGAGUGGUACCUAUUUAUCUACUUGCACUUUGACAUGCUUUCAAACUGCUAGGUUGGCAGGAGCAAGGAGCUCACCCCGUUGCAGGGAUUCAAACUGCUGACCUUCUGAUCGGCAAGCCCUAGGCUCUGUGGUUUAGAGCGCCACCCGCAUACAACCACUGUAAAGGAUUUUAUUAUUUGACAACCACAAUUCUGUUUCUGGAUUGCAAUUUGAAACAUAGCUAAACUUGGUGAUGUGUGUGUAACUCUUGCCUGCUGGUUUGAGGGCUGCCUGGAGUAAGUCAUGCCUGUUGCGUGCAGACUCCGGCUCGGAUACCUCCUGUCGACUGUCUUCCUUCUGCGUUUUCCUCCGGCUGCUGCCACCACCAAGCAAGGGCCGAUGGGGCUCUUGGGAGCAGGAAAGCUUGCUAGAUUAGAAACAUGCAUUCACUUGGAACCUUCUACCAUAUGUGGGAUUGGGAUGCGGGUGGCGCUGAUGUCUAAACUACAGAGCCUUGGGCUUGCCGAUCAGAAGGUCGGCGGUUCGAAUCCCCGCGACGGGGUGAGCUCCCGUUGCUCGGUCCCUGCUCCUGCCAACCUAGCAGUUCCAAAGCACGUCAAAGUGCAAGUAGAUAAAUAGAUACCACUCCGGCAGGAAGGUAAACGGCGUUUCCGUGAGCUGCUCUGGUUCGCCAGAAGUGGCUUAGUCAUGCUGGCCACAUGACCCAGAAGCUGUACGCCGGCUCCCUCGGCCUGUAAAAUGAGAUGAGUGCAGCAACCCCAGAGUCGUUCACGACUGGACCUAACAGUCAGGGGUACCUUUACCUUGACCUUACCAUAUGUGGUGGACAUGUCCAGAGUUUAGAAAGUUCUGGGACAUGAUCCAUGAAGAAAUAAAAAAGUUACUAAGAACUUCACAUAGUAAAAGACCAGAAACUUAUCUUUUGGGAAUAAUGAAGAGUGAUAUUUCAAAAGAAAAAAACUUAUAUUUUCUGUACGCGACAUCAGCGGCGAGAAUUCUGUUGGCUAAGUAACUGGAAGGGUAACCAGGUACUGACCAAAGAGGAAUGGUUAUGUAAAUUAUGUGAAUAUUUGGAACUGGCCAAAUUUACGGAUAAGACUAAAGCCAAUGAAUUCAUUCAAGAAGGAAUGGAAUUGCUUGAAUGACUAUUUAGAAAGACAAGGUUCAAAUGCAAAAAAAUGGCUGUGUCUAGAAUGACCUUGUGAAUGGAAAAAGGGAAGUAUACAUAUAUGCACAUCUGUAUAUUAAGAUGAAAAUAAUACUGAAAUACAGAUAAAAUAUGAAAGGUGAAAAGAAUUGUGAGAGUGAUGGAAGUCUAUUAUUUUUAUUUUGUAAAAUAUUGUUAAUUGUAUUGAAAUAUUAUAUUUUCUUUGUUCUUUUACUGUCUACCUUUGCUUUUUUCUUCUUUACUUUUUUUUCCUUUCUGUUUUAUUGGAUAUUAUUCUUUAUGUAUGGUUUUGUUUUGAUGUAUUUACUUUGCAAUAUAACAAAGAUUAAAAUUAAAAGAAAAAAAACGAGAAACAUGCAUUCAUAUAACUCUCCCUACCCUCUCCUGUUUACCUAGGACCGCAGCGGAAAUGAGUUCCUGGGUUUCCCGGAUAAACCUGGUGGCUGCCAUGUUCUCUUCGCCACCCUUCCCAGCAGCUGUGGGCUCCCAGAGGAAGUUCAUCCGGCCAGUUCUUCCGACGGCACCUUCCAAGAACUCCCUGGUGUGUGUCCUGGGGCUCCUUUAGCAGGCUGCUUUGCCGCUGGUGCACAGAAAUGGCAGGAUGGGGGAAUUUGGGGUGGGCAUCAGAGCGCAGCCCAUGGGCUGCCCCAAACCCUUCUGUGGCUCGCUCCCCAGCUGCAACCUCCUGCCAGAUCCUGGGCAGGUAAGGCUGAGCAGCAACCUGUUCUUCUUGCUGCAGGAGGACCAGCACUUUUCCCACGAAUCCUGGAUGGACCAGGUGUCAGACGACCUCUUGGAGCACCAGCGGAACCUGCCCAGCAAGCGAGGCCGGGGCCGGGACCUGGAAGAGUAUCAACUCAAGAAGGAAUAUUUGCUCUACGAGGUGGGCAAGGACCAGGCCUGUCUUUUGCAGGGGGCGGGAGGGGAACCUGCAGAGGAUGCUCCCACUGUACUCCUCCCCACUUUGAAUGCUCAGAACACCUCCCGUAUUUUUCGCUCUAUAAGACGCACUUUUCCCUUCCUAAAAAGUAAGGGGAAAUGUGUGUGCGUCUUAUGGAGCGAAUGCAGGCGGGAGGCUUUGCUCAGUGCUCCCUUUAAAGAGCCGCACACACGCUCCGCGUGCUCUUUAAAGGGAGCACGGCUCUUGGGGGAGUCUUAGCCACGCACAGCCUCUCCCGGGCAGGGGGAUGAAGGUUCCCCCUGCCCGAAGAGGCUGCGUGCGGUUAUCCCAUUCUGGGAUUCAGAAUUUUUUUUUUCUUGUUUUCCUCUUCCAAAAACCAGGUGCGUCUUAUAGAGCGAAAAAUACAGUAACUUGUAAAAACAUACAUAACUUCUCCAGGGCAAGGUUUUUACAAACGGAGAGUUUGCAUGUUGUUGAGGUCUUUGCUGGCUGCUUUGCUCUCAGGCUGCCAACUCUGAGCUUUUCCUUAUCCAAAUGCCUCCUCACAGUCCUGCGGUCUUUUGCAACCUUCCCCAGUGAGUGCAACACAUCUGUCGCAAUAAAUCUCACUACUGCUCCUUUAAAAGAAAGAAAAAUCUGCAAUAACCUGCCACUUUUGCAUGCGGUUAUGUACCCUGACCGUAAAAGCUGUUUUAACAGUGGAAUGGACUCCCUUGAAAAGAGGUGGACUUUCCUUUGUUGGAGGCUCUUAAGCAGAAGGAAAUAAGUAGCUAUCUCAUCUUUAAAAGACAUCUGAGGGCAGCCCUGUUUAGGGAAGUUUUUAAUAUUUAAUGCUGUAUUGUUUUUAACACUCGAUUGGAAGCCGCCCAGAGUGGCUGGGGAAACUCAGCCAGAUGGGCGGGGUAUAAAAAAUUAUUAUUAUUAUUAUUAUUAUUAUUAUUAUUAUAGAUUUGGAGGGAGGCAGUGUGGCGUAGUGGUUCAGAGCGGUGGACUCGUAAUCUGGUGAACCGGGUUUGAUUCCCUGCUCCUCCAGGUGCAGCUGCUGGGUGACCUUGGGCCAGUCACACUUCUCUGAAGUCUCUCAGCCCCACUCACCUCACAGAGUGUUUGUUGUGGGGGAGGAAGGGAAAGGAGAUUGUUAGCCACUUUGAGACUCCUUAGGGUAGUGAUAUAGCAGGAUAUCAAAUCCAAACUCUUCUUCUUCUUCUUGGAGGGCCACCUGUCAGAUUCUCCAGUUGUGACCCCUGCAUCGCAGAGGGUUGGGCUAGACGACUCUUUUGUGGUGUCUUCAAGCUCUACAGCUUUGAUAAUUACAGUGGUACCUCAGUUUACAGACGCUUCAGGUUACAGACUCUGCUAGCCCAGAAAUAGUACCUCAGGUUAAGAACUUUGCUUCAGGAUGAGAACAAAAAUUGUGCGGCGGCGGCAGGAGACCCCAUUAGCUAAAGUGGUGUCUCAGGUUAAGAACAGUUUCAGGUUAAGAACGGAGCUCCAGAACGAAUUAAGUGCUUAACCUGAGGUACCACCGUAUGUGAUUUUAGACUACAGAAACAUUAACUAUGGACAUAUUUUGCAUCCUUAAUCCUGCGUGAGAAGAUGGGGAUAACUCCUCCAUUAACAGGAUGAACCUUCUCCCUGGUCCUGUGUCUGAGGGGCACUGCCCUAGUUGACUCCCUCAGGUGCUGCCGGCCAGAGGCGGCCUUCCCCUCCCCACCCCCCACAUGACGCCCUGCCUUCUUUUGUCCCUUUGUGCAGAAGCGCCGCUACGAGACCUACGUGAGGCUGCUGGAGGUGAAGCUGGCCGGCGAAGACACGGAGGACCUUGAGCAGUGGGAGGUCCGGCUGGGGGAGGCGGGCGAGUUGCCGGCCGAGGAGGCCUGCUCGUCCCUGCAGAAGUCCCACUCCAGCCCCUCCCUGAACGUGGACGGCCUGCCUGCGGGGGUCAAAGUGAAGCGGAACAUUUCUGAGCGCCGGACAGUACGCAAAAUCAUCCCCAGGCGCAAUAAGCACUUGCUGUGA